CGCACAAGAGGGCGUGGCGACCCUAGGGCAGCCACGACAGGCACGAGACGUUACUGACCAUGCCCCCGACCUCGAAUACGGCCGGCUCUCCGGCUCUCCGGGAGCGGCUGGCAAAGCUCCAAGCCACAGGCAAGAAAGCCAGACAGAAGACAAAGCCAUCGAAGAAAACCGGGCCUCCACAGUUUUCGCCGGUGUUGCCGGCGAAGGCCGCCGUGCCGGCGCCGACGCCAAAAUCCGCGCCAGUUCCUGCGCCAGUGCCCGCACCAGCGCCGGCACCGGCGCCGACGCCCACCAUAAAGAAGCUGCAAGCGGCCUACGACGCCCCGGCCCCGGACACGCUGGCCUCGACGCCGCCAAGCUCGCCGGCCCGCGCGCGGGCGCACUCGGCGCCCGAAUCAGUAAGCAGGUCGUCGUCCCUCGGCAGCAUCGCGGAUUUGAAGGAAGAGGCCGCGGCUGCGCGGCGGCGCAAGGACCAACUCCAGGCCGAGAACGCGGCCGCGGCCGAGCGCCUCGGCUCGCCGCGGCGGGACCCGCUGGCCGACGCGCGGACGCCCCCCGCGUCGCCCCCGCAGUCGCCGCCUCGAUCGCCGCGACGGCCGACGCUCGAGAUGGAGGAGCUCGCGGCCACCGAGGCCUCAGUACGGCGGAAAAUCGCGGCCGACGCCGAGGCGAAGGCCAAGCGCGAGAAGGAGCUCCGCCGCCGCCGGUCACCGUCGGCUUCGCCGCGGCAGCAAGCCACAAGCCGCAAGCAGCAAGCCGCGCCGGCCGAACCCGCGACCGCCGCCGCAAAGCCGGCGCCGGCAAUCCCUGCGAUCGCCGCCGCCAAGUCGCCGCCGCCGGUCGCCGGCAAAUCGGCCCGGAAGCCGCGCCGGUCGGGACCGCCCAAGCUGCUCCUGGACGCGCCGAAGCUCCACGAUUUACCAUUAGAUGGGCCGCGCACGGCGAGGGCGACGGUCAAGGCGCUCCCGCCCGUGCCCAUGCGGGUCUCGCCCCCUUUGGAAGUGCUCCUCGCGGCCUUCGCCUCCGUGCUCUCGCGGCACGCGCGCCAGGACGUGGUGGUCGUGGGCGUCGAGGGCCACCCGGUCGCGCUCGCCUGCGAGAAGAACGACGCCUUCUGCGAGCGGGUCGAGAAGGCGCGCGCUGCACUGCGCGCGGCGAGCUUCACGCUCGAGGACGCAGUGGAGGCGACCUCUACUAUAUUAGACAGGACGUACCACCCUAUCUACCAGGCGUCGAUUUCAGCGACACACGAAUUCGGCAGCGAGCUCUUGGAUCUUGAGCUCGUGCCCACGCACAGCGAGCUCGGUCUGAGGUACCGGAGCGAUCUCUUUGCUGAACGAGCCGCGAAGCGCUUCCUCGUCCAGACGAAGUCUUAUGUGGAUGCCAUGCUGGUGGAAGGCAACGCCCUGGCCGUGGACCACCUGGUGAUCGAGGACGACGACUACUUGGGUACUGUGGUGAAACCGAACGAGACGCGGCAGCCGUGGCCCGAGGAUUCUUGUAUUCAUGAUCUCAUGUUCCGCGCGGCGGAGGAGCACCCGGGUGCGACCUGCUUGCAAGGUGCUCAAGAGUACACCUAUGAUCAAUUCAGUAACGCCGUCCGCGCGAUCGCCGAGGCGCUUGGGCCGGUCUACCCGGACGACCGCGUCGCGCUGCUGCUGGAGCGGGACGCGUCCAUGGUCGCGGCGAUUUAUGGUGUGCUGAGCGCGGGCGGCUGCUACGUGCCCCUCGAGCCGGACUACCCCCUGGAGCGCCUCAAAACUGUCGUAGAGGACGCGGCGUGCAAGGCGUGCGUGACGCAGGCGCGGCUCCGGGCGGGCGUCCUCGCGACGUUUUUUAGUGAUUUGGAGCGGCCCCGGAAGCUGGUCAACGUCGUCGAGCUCGACGUCCUGGACCCCUUCAGUCCACCAGAAAGGGCCAUUUCGCCCGACCAGGUCGACGCCGUUGACCUGCGCCCGAGGCCGCUCAAAAGGAUAAAUGCGCACCAUGAGCCUGGGCCCCCGAAACCGGAAAACCUCGCCUACGUCUUCUACACGUCCGGCACCACCGGAAAACCGAAAGGCGUCAUGGUCGAGCACCGCGGUUUAGUAAGGAGGAUCGCUUGGUUCCAGCGGCGCUACCCCCUCACAUCCUCCGAUAUGAUGCUCCUCAAGACGACGUACACAUUUGGAAUUUCCGAGUGGGAGCUCUUCUGGGCGCCUACUGUCGGCGCCUGUACCCUUGUAAGUGGUGCCCAGGACCACAAGGACGCCUCAGUUAUAGCUUCGUUGUUACAAAGGUGCACGGUCUGCUGCUUCGUGCCGUCGGCGCUCGCGGCGAUGGCCGAAGCACUCAUAGAGCACAGGCGGCGCAUCCACCUCAAGUGCUGCGUGUCCUGCGGCGAGGCGCUGUCCGCCGCGACGGCCCGCCUCUUCUUCGAGUGCACUUCUAAUAGUAAACUGGUCAACGUCUACGGGCCCACCGAGGCCGACAUGACCUUCUUCGAGGUCGACCGGAACUAUGCAAUGACGAUGGUCAGAUGUCCCAUCGGCGUGCCCAUGGACAACGUCACUGCUUAUGUGCUAGAUGAUGAUUUAUUACCUGUCCCGUGCGGCGCGCCGGGCCAGUUGUAUUUUGGGGCCGAGCAUGCAUGUAGAGGUUAUUUAAAUCUGCCUCAUCUCACCAAUAAGUGCUGGGUGGCGAACCCCUUCCUCACACAAGCCUCUCCAAAAACACCCGCGGGCCCUUUGCUGUACGCUACCGGUGAUUUAGCAAGGUGGCGGCCCGACGGCCAGCUCGAGUUCCGUGGAAGGGUAAGUGGAGGCCAGAUCAAGCUGCGGGGCUUCCGCAUCGAGCUCGAGGACGUCGCGGCGGCUUUACGGAGCUGCGCCGACGUCGGUAUGUCAACAGCUCAGCUGCUGGACGCCGACAAGCCGACGGCGCGCCUCAUAGGUUAUGUCGUCGAGGCGGGGCGCAAGACUGUGGACGGCGGCGGCUGCUCCAUCGUGGAUCGAUUCGACUUGGCCGACGACGCGCUCGAGGCCGCGCGAGCCGUACUGCCGGCCUACGCUUUACCUUCUGCAGUUGUCGAACUAGACCGGCUACCCACAACAGCUAGAGGCAAAUUGGAUCGUGUCCGGCUGCCGCCGCCGCCGCCCCGAGCAAAAGCCAAGGACUUUGUUCCCUGCGCCACGCCGACGGAAAAAAUCAUAGAGCGCGUCUGGCAGGAGCUUCUGGGCUACGACGACGCGCCGCUCGACGCGCAGGCGGACUUCGUGAGUCUCGGCGGCAAUAGCUUGUUGGCGGGCCGCGCGACGACGAAAUUGCGACUCGCGCUGAAUCUGCGCGCGUUACCGGGAACAUCAAUGUACUUGUACCCUACGAUAAGCGAGCUCGCUUCUUAUUUAGAUACGCUGCCGAAGGCCGACGUCCAGCUCGAAGAAAAGGCCGUCGACGUCGUCUACAAGGGCCACUCGUCGACGGCGCCCGAGGCCGUCUUCUAUCAAGCUCUGGUCGUCGUGGGGUCCCUGCUCCUCGACCAGGCGCCGUCCAUCGUCACGCACGCGUCCAUUUACGUGACCUGGCGCCAGUUCAACGCCUGCGUCGCCGCGCAAGUCGGCGUGCUCGUGUCGCUGGUCUGCAGUUGCGUGCUGGUCCUCGUCGCCAUCUUGGCGAACAGGUGCCUGGCACCCGUCCCCCACGGCAUUGUGCGCAUCCCGCUCUUCUCUCUGAUGUAUAUGAGGUGGCUGGCGGCGCAGCACGCGACGCGCGCGGCGGCGCAGGCCGUCGCCGCCUACGGCGCGGGCACGCCGCUGCUCGCGGCGUUCUACGGCGCGUGCGGCGCCGCGGUCGGCGACGACGUCGUCCUCGACGCUGGGGUUACCGUGGACGACCCGCAAUUCGUCACUCUCGACACCAAGGUCCGCUGCCGCCGCCACGCGAAGGUCAGCGCGCACGUCGUCGAGCGGGGCGAGCUCGUGCUGGCGCCCGUCGUCUUGGAGCGGGGCGCCGAGCUGGGCAUACGGUCCGGCGUCGGCGCCGGCGGCGUCGUCGCGGCGGACCACGCCGUCGACGCGCUCGCGCACGUCGAGGGCGGCGCGGAGAGCCCCGACGGCGACGUCGUUGUUCUGGACCAGCCGCGGCCGCCGCCGCCCCAAUUUCUGCGCGUCUGCCAGUAUUUCAUUGGUGUGCCGUUGUUACUGUUGGGGGAAUGCUUCGCGACGUACAUCGCCCUCCGGGCCGUGGAGCUCUUUCCGAGUGAUCAUUUGUUAAUUGCGGUGUGGCUGUUCCGCUUGGUCCAGUGCGAGGCGUUUUACCUCCUGACGGUGGCCCUCAAACGACUCAUUAUUGGUAAAUUCGCCGCUGGCAAGCGGCCCGGGACGCUCCGCGAUGUACUCAGAAGGUGGCUCCUCGACCGCUUCACGAGACAUUCAUUAUUCCUCGGCGCCACGGAGCCCUACGUGAAUACAGAGCUCCUAUCCUGGAAGUACCGCCUGCUCGGCGCCCGGAUCGGUUCGCGAGUGAACGUCGACUUCUUUGACAGCGUCGAGUUUGACUUGCUAGACAUCGGCGACGAGGUGGUGUUUGGGUCUUGUGUGGUCUUAGCGCCGUCGGACGACGCAGAGGACCUCCCCAUCAGGAUUGACGAUGGAGCGAACGUUUUGGACCACUCGGUGCUCUUAGGAGGUGUCACCGUCGAGCGGCGCGCCGUGACGGGGACUUGCACGCUGGGUCCCAAGAGGCACGUCUUCCCGGCGACGUCUAUCAGUACCGGCCGGGUCCGUGGCGCCCCUGUACUGCUAAAAUUCCAGGGCGACGUCGAGGACGGCACCUCGAAGCUUCCGGAGGCCGACAGGGAGCGCGUCCUGGAAGCCUUAGCUGCGCACCGGGACCCCGCCGUCUUCUACGCCUUCAACGCGUUCUGCGCUGCAAGUGCGUUGCUCUUGGAGCCCGCGACGACGGCCCUGGAGCUCCUGCCGGUCUACUUCGCCAGGGAGUCCUACGCGGCGACGUUUAUGGCGUGGGUCCUGGCGCAGAUCGUGCCGCUGGGCGUCCUCUGCCUGGCGAAGCGGUCCGUUAUCGGCGCCUACGCGACCGGCGACGCGCCCUACUACGGCGACUUGCAUCACAAAUGGGUCUUCAUGAUGGCGCUCGGGAGCAUCGCCGACGACGUGCUCGACGCGGUGCAAGGCACGUGCUUCGCGGCUUAUGCUUUGAGAGCCCUCGGCGCGACCGUUGGAGAGGACUGCUGCCUCUUCUACGGCGCCCUCCUCGAGUUCGACCUACUCAGAAUCGACUCUUAUGCUUCCACUGGCUCCGCAUGUGAUCUCACGUGCCAUACCGUGGAAAACAUGGUCGUCAAAUUCGCGCCCGUGACGAUAAGUUCCGGCGCGUCGAUGCGGAGCGGCGCGUUGUGCAUGCCCGGCGGCGGUCUCGGGACGAUGGCCACGCUGUCGGCGGGGUCGCAGGUCCUAAAAGGCGAAGUGGUCCCGGCCGCCGAGUUCUGGAGCGGGCUGCCGGCGAGCUUCGCCUGUACGGUCGAUGACGCGCGGUCCGCCUUCGAGGGCCUGCGCCCGCCGGCGACUGAAGGCGAAUUCACGCCCGAGGGGAUCGCGAGCGCGCUGGGCCUGUCGCUGCCGGGCGCGUGGAAACUGUUUGCCGCCAAGGCGCGCGGCGACGGCGACGCGCUGAAGCUGUUCGCGUCGCUUUCUCGGGCGCGCAAGGUCGCUUCGACAGGUGGACUCUCGAAGAGACGGACGCUGCCGCCAUUCCAUCUACGACCUCCGCACUUGCGGCCGCCGAGGAUCGCGGCGGCGCUCGAGUGCACCGAAUUGAAGGCGCGAGCUAUUGUUCAAGGCUGGCGCCGCGGCGACGCGGACGCCGUCGCGGCGGUGCGAAAGGCGCGUGUAUUGCUCGUCGCGAAGCAUCUGGAGGUCGACGAAGAUAAUGCGAAGGCGGUCCUGCGCGCGGCGCGCGCCGGCGAUGAAAAUUCUAGAGCACAGCUCCAGUCGUACCGCGGCGGCCGGGGCCGGGGCCGCGGUCGCGGAGGCCGGGGCCGCGGUCGUGGCAAGGGUCGGAACGUGCGCGCGCUGCGGCGGCCCCGGGCCGGGAACGGCAUGCUCGUCGGGGCGCUCGUGGUGUCGCUGGCGGCGAAUGUGUAUCUCGUUCUGCGUUAAGUUUGUAUGAUUAGUAUGAUGAUAGAGUAU